UUUCCUCCAUAGAAAAAGGAAACAAUUGGGACUCUUUCUCUCCUUUCUCGUUCUUCUCCUUCUCGCCUCUUCCUCCUCUCCCCUUCUCUUUCGCCGCCUGGUGCCGCUAUACUCACCAAGGCUCGAUUUUGAUCCCAUUUCUUGCUCUUUGACGGAGUUCUUCGUCCAGCUGGCUUGAUUUGUACGGCAAUUGGAGGUUGUGCUCGUUGAGGAACAGGAAACCCUUUUGUUCUUCUUCCAGGUUUACUAUGAAGGAAACGUCUCCCAUGCUACCUAGCAACAGGAGCAGAAAUCAGCCUAGAGCUGUCAGACCUUGGCCCCUUUCAGGAAUGGAUUACCCAGAUACAAGACGCAAGCCUCAUAUUCUUGGGAAGCUGCUUAUGGCAGUUAUACUGACAGCCUUCUGCAUAUUGAUUCUGAAGCAAUCACCCGGUUUUGUUAGCACUAGUGUGUUUUCACAUCAUGAACCUGGAGUGACUCAUGUCUUAGUAACGGGUGGUGCUGGCUAUAUUGGUUCCCAUGCUGCACUUAGACUCUUGAAGGACUCGUACCGUGUUACAAUAGUGGAUAACCUUUCCAGAGGAAAUAUUGGUGCUAUUAAGGUUCUCCAGCAACUAUUUCCAGAGCCCGGAAGACUUCAAUUUAUUUAUGCAGAUUUAGGAGAUGCAAGAGUCGUUAAUCGGAUCUUUACCGAAAAUGCUUUUGAUGCUGUGAUGCAUUUUGCAGCUGUUGCUUAUGUUGGCGAGAGCACACUUGAACCACUUAGGUACUAUCAUAACAUCACCGCAAAUACUUUGGUGAUUCUUGAAGCUAUGGCAGCACAUGGUGUUAAAACUCUUAUAUACUCAAGUACUUGUGCUACUUAUGGAGAACCAGAGAAAAUGCCUAUUACAGAACUAACUCCUCAGAAUCCUAUCAACCCAUAUGGGAAGGCUAAGAAAAUGGCAGAGGACAUUAUCUUAGAUUUUUCGAAGAAAUCUGACAUGGCAAUCAUGAUAUUGAGAUACUUCAAUGUCAUUGGCUCUGACCCGGAAGGAAGAUUAGGUGAAGCCCCGAGGCCCGAGCUAAGGGAGCACGGGCGCAUUUCCGGUGCUUGCUUUGAUGCAGCACUAGGCAUCAUACCUGGAUUGAAGGUUAAAGGAACAGACUACCAGACUAGUGAUGGAACUUGUAUCAGAGACUAUAUCGAUGUUACUGAUCUUGUAGAUGCUCAUGUAAAAGCUCUUGACAAGGCCAUGCCUACUAAAGUUGGCAUAUACAAUGUCGGUACCGGAAAAGGUCGGUCGGUCAAAGAAUUUGUCGAGGCCUGCAAAAAGGCUACCGGGGUGAGCAUCAAAGUUGAUUACCUUGAACGCAGGCCGGGAGACUACGCCGAAGUCUAUAGUGACCCUUCGAAAAUCAACCGCGAGCUCAACUGGACAGCUCGUUACACCAAUCUUGAGGAGAGCCUUUCAGUUGCUUGGAGGUGGCAGAAACUGCAUCUGACUGGUUAUGGGUCACAAUGAUUCAUGCGACUCAUUCAAAUCUCUUAGUCAUCGACCCAAACUGCAUUAACACUUGCCGUCGGCGGUUAGUUUGAUAGAAGAGGGGCAACUUUGGGGGUACAUACAAGACAGAUCUGCAGGUAGGAAACCGCCAUAAUUUGUUGUUUGUUCACAUCCAUUCAAUUGAAAAAGUUCAUCUCGUCAUUUAUAAUUUGUGCUUUAGUAUGAUGAUUA